AUGUGUGCAAGCUGUACAGAUCCUGAAGAGAACAAUCGAAACCCUGAGUGGCGCGAAAGAUUUUCUUUUAGGGCUGUUGACCCCGUCCGCCUUUUCCUAGAGCAGCUUCGUAGCCUUACAAAGCAACUAGGACACAGCAGCGAAGUCCUGUUGACUUACAAUGAUAGCGGCGCUCGCGAAACAAUAGAUGAACUGAAUGCUUUUGUGCUCGCUAUGGCCCAAAGCAAAACACAAUUCCAGGACAUAUACCACCCAAUAAUUUUAACGCAAGGCCCCAAGGGAGAUACUGUGUUCCAAGAGAAGCGUUACCGCAGACCGCGAAGAAACUUCAAAUCUGGUUCGGAGAUCUAUCACGACGUGGAGGACGCGUAUGGACAGUCUUGGGCAAAUGCACCGCGUCUAGGAUCUAUACCGGACCGCUCCUCUGGCUGGACGCCACUUCAUCAGGCUGUUACUACAGGGGCAUCGAAAGAACAGAUUACUUGCUUAAUUCAAGAGUUUGGAGCGCUGCGUCUCCUUCGUACCGCCUGGACAGAUCCUGCAGAGCUCCCCUACCGCGACAUGACUGCUGCCGAAAUAGCCUACGAGCUUGGUUACACCCAUCUCCGUGCAAUUCUCGCGCCUAUUGUAUAUCACUGCAUUCCGCAUGACGUCCUUACAACUCUGCAGAUGCACUUUCGUAAUCUCAUUCGCAAGGAUUUAUAUGGGCAAAGCGGCGAGAUAGCAAGCCUCCGCCUACCAGACCUGAUCGUGUUGACAGAGCUAAAAGAACCGUUGAUGUGGUUCCCACUGAAGCCGAACCCACUUAGGAGAUCUAGAAGUUAUCUAUACCGGCUUGAUAGCAGAGAUCUUCUUGUUAAAAGUUUUAGUGUUAGUCAUGAUGGAAACCCGAAGUUGUAUCGAAUAUCAAGAAGUGGUGUCCUGGAAAUUGAGGACGCCAUCACAUUCAUGCGUUCUUGA